AUCGCGAUCGUCUACCUCUAGUACUUCCAGUCAGUCUUUCUCGAGUAACGGUACGAGUGAGAUCGCACAGGAGUAGUUCCCCGGAAAGUGUUGUGGUCAAAGGAAAACCACGAUCAGGUGCAUCAGCAGAGAAAGAAGUGAUAGCUGGGUGAAGAUCGAGUGAUCGAGUGCAGUGGAAUAAAUUUUGCCUCAGACAUUUUUUGGAUAUUCGCGAAAGCUGAUGGGAUAGAAGCUAAGUCAUGUCGUCGGAUCGUUUUCACAAAGCUGCUAGAGAUGGCCUUCUGGACGUCCUUAAGGAAGGUACAGCCAAAGAACUCAACACAAGAGAUGCCACCGGGAUGACCCCAGUCCAUUGUGCUGCCUUUGUAGGUCGCUUAGAUGUUCUUCGACUGCUCGUUGGAAGAGGAGGAAAUCCAGACAAAACGGAUUACUAUGGGAAUACAGCACUUCAUAUUGCAGCUGCCAAAGGUCAUAUGCAAUGUGUGGAUUUUUUGGUGAAAUUUGGCGUUAAUCUCUACGCGAAAGAUAUUGAAAGACACAAUGCAAAGCAUUUGGCGUGCUUGAACAAUAGAGAGGAUAUCCUUAUCUAUCUCGAUAGCGCAAUUGCUAAUUUGGAACUGACGGACAGGAAGAAAGCGAAAGCCCUGCAGGAGACAGCAGAGAAAGACUGUGUGAAGGUGAUUGCCAAGUACAACAAGUAUCAGCAACGGAUGAAUCAGGAGAAUGACGAUGAUGUCCAUACAAUGCCCCAUCGCACGUCCACUGUUCUCAGAGCAAUGCGCAAACUUCCGCUGGGCGGAAGUAAGCGUGAUGCAUCAGCCACCGAAGCGAGUCAGCAGAACAAUAGGGCCAACUACAGUUCCCACGUGCGUGGUACUUUCUCGCGAUCGCGUGGUGUUCAGCGACACAUUCCCCAGUGGAUGCGCCAUGCACCCAAGGACGCCGUUGCGGAUGACUUCCGGGUGAGGAAGAUGGAUCAAUCGGGGAAGCUUACGGUGAGCUCUCUCCAAGGAACACGGAGAGGCUCAGAGGUGCUCUACGUGGGCACACAUACCUCAACAAAUGGGGCCAAGGGGGAACGUGGUCGCAUCAGGGAUGUCUUUGAAGUUGGCACAAUCAGCAAUGACGAAGAUGACACAGAGUCUCUUCAAAAUUCCUACGGAAAUCUCUCCAGAUCCGUUAGUCAACCGGAUUUCCUUGCUGCUGUAACCAAUGGGGAUGAUCUCAGUGAGGAAGUCACUAUGCAGAGACCUUCAGGACUUUUCAAUAGGCCCUCACUAGGAACUCUAGCCUUCAGACGCUCUGUAACUGCAACACUGUCUCAGAUUGCCCCAGAUGUCUCGUCCAUUGACUCUAAUGACUCCCGGAAAAGAAAGCCACAGAAGAUAAAGCCAAGGAAUCAGUUUGUUCUCUCUGACAGUGACACAGAUGUAGCAAGUUCCAGUGACACAGAUGAUCAAGAAGACGGUCAAACUCCCUUAGAACGAUUUCUACUGGCUUUCGGUCUGCAAGAGUACUACCCAAUCUUCGAGAAGGAAAAAAUCACACUAGAUAUCUUAAUGAUUCUUAAGGAAGUCGACAUUGAGAAGCUUCAACUGCCACUGGGACCAUUCAGAAAGCUCAUGAAUGCUAUUGAGGACCGCAGGAAUGCCCUAAGUAAUCCAGGAGCAAUCACAGAUAGUCGUUUGUAAAGCAAAGGUUGCCGUUAGAGUAUCUUUAUUGUCCAACUGAUCUUGAAUAAAGAAUUGUCGCAGGGAAAAUUAAAA